AUGGACUUCUUCACCUCGGGAAGAAUCCUUAAGGAAAUCAACAAUACCAUUUUGGUCUUGGUGCUGAAGGUGCCGAAUGCAACUACUCUCGACGACUUUAGGCCUAUUGUGUGUUAUAAUACUAUUUACAAAAUAAUUACAAAAUUAUUGGCGAACAGGGUUGCUUCUGUGCUGAAGGAUCUAGUGAGCUCGUGUCAAAGUGCUUUCGUUAAGGGACGCAGGAUCAGGGAUAACAUCCUCUUGGCUCAAGAAUUAUUUUCUAACUUCCAUUUGGAGCCUUACUCACCGAAGUGUGCUGUUAAAGUUGACUUUAGGAAGGCCUAUGAUACUGUAGAUUGGCGGUUCCUUGAGAGUGUCCUCCUUACUUUUCGUUUCCCUGAUUGUUUGGUUCAGUUCAUCAAGACUUGUGUGCUGACUCCUCGAUUUUCUAUUGCGUUAAGGGAGCUCCAUGGCUUCUUCCCUAGUAGGCAUGGCCUGCGCCAGGGCGAUCCCAUAUCUCCUUAUUUAUUCACUCUGGUUAUGGAGGUUCUCUCGGGGAUUCUCAGGAGGUGUUCGCUACAGCCGGACUUUAGUUUCCUUUGGAGAUGUAGGUCUACAUCCCUCUCACACUUGUUCUUUGCAGAUGAUGUUUUCCUUUUCUGUAAAGGACAUGUGCCGUCUGUGACACUCCUCAAGGAAGAAGGGAGCUUACCAGUUCGGUACCUAGGAGUCCCAAUUAUUACUUCGAGGCUAAGGAAGAUAGAUUGCGUUGUUCUAGUUAGGCACAUCACCUCGAGGGUGAAGUCUUGGACUCAUAGGUUUUUGUCUUUUGCCGGCCAUCUUCAACUGAUCAGACAAUUCCUUUGGAGAGGCCCCGAGUUGGGCAGAGGGGGUGCUAAGGUCUCUUGGGAUGAUGUAUGCCUUCCUGAGGCGGAGGGCGGUCUUGGCAUCCGCAGAUUGCAUGAGUGCAACAAGGCAGCCAUGCUCAAAUAUAUCUGGAUCUUGUUUUCAGACAAUGAGUCAUUGUGGUGCAAGUGGAUCCAUUCCACCUUCUUAAAAAGAAAGAAUUCCUGGGUCACUACAAAGCUGACUUCUUGUUCUUGGGCUUGGAAGAAGAUUCUUCAAAUCAGGACAGAAUUUCGGCUUAGCUUCUUUUGGAUGAUAGGUGUUGGCCUAUCAGUGUCACUCCAGUUCGACAACUGGCACCCUAGGGGCCCCUUGAACUUAUAUUUCUCAGAUCCGCUCAUCUACAGCUCUGGUCUCUCUAGACAGGCCUUGGUGGCUGACCUUUUCUCUGAAGAUGGCCAGGUUGUCAAGACAGUGUUGGAGUCUUGGGGUUUGCCGCUUCCUUUCUUGUCUGGAGACCAAGAUUGUUUUUGCUGA